GCCUUUCUGUUGAACAAGCGAAAGAUAAACACGUAGGCUAUCCGAAUUCAGAAAGGUGAAUAUGGUUUAGAUAAAAAUGACAGUGAGUUGAGCUAGAUUUGGUAAUAGCCCGAUUUGCACCUUGCAGUGUUAAACGGAACCCAGAACAGCUCGUCGCUGAGAAUUUCCUCUGCACAUUUGUGCGAAGGGUGGUUUUGUUUCUGGGGAGAUCUGCAUUAGCGACAGAGUCGCCCUCUGCACAUGAUGGUGCGAGCAGCCCUGGUCACCGCCACCAGUCUGGUGUUGACGGCGGCGGUGGUGGCCCAUGCCUACGUACUCAAGCACCAGUUCUACCCCACGGUGGUGUACCUCACCAAGAGCAGUCCCAGCAUGGCUGUUCUGUACAUCCAGGCUUUUGUAUUGGUUUUCCUGUUGGGCAAAUUCAUGCGAAAAGUCUUCUUUGGGCAACUGCGGGCUGCUGAGAUGGAGCACCUGAUUGAGCGGUCGUGGUACGCGGUCACAGAAACGUGCCUGGCCUUCACCGUGUUCCGAGAUGAUUUCUCGCCCCGAUUUGUAGCCCUCUUCACAUUGUUGCUAUUCCUCAAGUGCUUCCACUGGCUGGCGGAGGACAGGGUCGACUUUAUGGAGAGGAGUCCGAACAUCUCUUGGCUGUUCCACUUCAGAGUGCUGUCUCUGAUGGGGCUGCUGGGAGUUCUGGACUUCCUGUUUGUGAACCAUGCUUGCCACAGCAUCAUCACCAGGGGAGCCUCAGUCCAGCUGGUCUUUGGAUUUGAGUAUGCAAUCCUGAUGACCAUGGUUCUCACAACUUUCAUCAAAUACAUGCUUCACACGAUUGACCUUCAGAGUGAGAAUCCGUGGGACAACAAGGCAGUUUAUAUGCUGUACACCGAUCUCUUCACUGGCUUCAUUAAGGUGCUGCUGUACAUGGCCUUCAUGACCAUCAUGAUCAAAGUGCACACCUUCCCCCUGUUCGCCAUCCGGCCCAUGUAUCUCGCCAUGAGGCAAUUCAAGAAGGCUGUAACUGAUGCCAUAAUGUCCAGGAGAGCCAUCCGCAAUAUGAACACACUCUAUCCCGAUGCCACUCCUGAAGACCUCCAGAUCUCGGAUAACGUGUGCAUCAUCUGCAGAGAGGAGAUGGUGACCGGAGCCAAGAAACUGCCCUGCAACCACAUCUUCCACUCCAGCUGCCUGCGCUCCUGGUUCCAGAGGCAGCAGACGUGCCCCACGUGCCGCAUGGACGUCUUGAGAGCCUCGCAGCCCAAUCAGACGCCGGCCCCGCCCCCUGCGCAGGCACCUCCCCCCGCCCCACCUGCACACCCUCAGGUGCCCGUACCUGGCCAAGUUGCCCCAGGGAUGAUGCCUCACUUCCCCCCAGGGCUCUUCCCUUUCUGGGGACCGUUCCCCGGGGCCGCCCCUCCUCCUCCUCCCCCUGGUGCUCCUGGGGCCCAGGCUGCUGCCGCAGACACCCCACAGACCACCGCCAGCUCCAACUCCACUGCCAGCACUACCCAGGCUCAGGCACAAGGCAAUGGUACGUCGGCCCAGGCUAACGCGGAUGCCGCCGGCGCUGGAGUCCCCGGAGCUGCCCUGCCUGGUUUCCCCUUCAGCUUCCCCCCUCCACCGUUCCCCUCUGCCCCAUGGCUGCCCAUGCCACCACCACCACCCUUCAUGUCGUCGAUGCCCCCUCCUCCUGCCUCCUUGGCCAGCAUGUCUGACACCGAGCUGCGUGAGCUGGAGCAGGAGGGUCGGCGUGGGCUGGAGGCCCGGCUGCAGUGCCUCCACAACAUCCACACGCUGCUGGACGCCGCCAUGCUCAACAUCCACCACUACCUCACCACCGUAGCCACGCUCAGUCCUCCUCGGCCCGAGGCUGGUGGUGCCGCUGCUGCUGGUGCUGAGGCUGCAGAGGCCAGUGCUCCCUCCACGUCCUCCUCUGCUGACACCAACACCACGUGCACCGCCGCAGCAACCUCCACCCAGGACACGCCUGCUCAGAGCUCUGAGCCAGUGUUGGGAGCCACAGGUUUCUCUCCCCCAGACUCCACCACCACGGCCGAGGAGAGGAAGAUGGAGGGAGCAACAGGGGGAGCAGAAGAGGUACUAGAAGGGGCGGAGGACGAGGAUGGGGAGCCCAACGCUGCAGAGCUCAGGAGGAGACGUCUCCGCAAGUUGGAGAACGCCCCUGACCACUGAUGAGAAGAAACCUCGCAUUGACCACUACGCUGGACGAUCAACUUUUAUCACAAAAGACUGUAGUCAACCGAAUUUAAUCAUAUUUUUUCCCUCUCCCUUCUCGUGCUGUGGGUUUUUACGAGGCCCAAUCGACAAGGGGAACAGACUUAAAUGAGAAGGAGAUGAAGUGAUGGACUCUACUCGAUCUGCAUUGUUGUGCACAUAAAUCGAUGAAUGGAUAGGUUGGGGAGGGCAGUGUAGUGUUGCGGAUGUCAAAACACUCCUUUCUGCCUAUGGAAAAGUUGUGUGCCAUGUACGAUUGCGUCGCCAACAGAGGGUGCUCUACUUGUGCUGUAGGGCGAACCAAAACCAGGCAGCCAACCAUGGCCAACUUUUUUUUCACUCUUGAAAUGAUUAAGUUUGGGUAGGGUUGUUUUUUGUAUGCUUUUUUUUGUUGUUGUUUCAGAAUACUUUGAUUUAUUUUUUUUCUCUCUUGUUUAGAAUGUUACAGCUGCAGCGACUGGAGGGGCGGGGGGAAGCGAAGUCUAUUUUAGCUACAGCCAUUUGUGUCCUUAAAAUUGGCCUUAGGAAUUCCUAUGUUUAUAUCUUCAGUGUAUUGUCUGCCCUUUUGAGAGAGGGAAGAGCAUUUUUGUUGUUGUCUGUGGGUUGAAUGACGAGACAAGGACGUGUGAGCUAAUUUAAAAUGUACAUACUGUAUAAAGAGUAUUAGUAAUCGCAUCUGUACAUACUGAAGAAGAGUAAAUAAUUCAAAUUAAACGUUGCUUGA